AUGAAAGGCCCUUUUGUACCUCCUGCUGUGGGCAGGGCUCGGGCUCACUGCCAGGACGGUGGCACAUGGGGCCUCCUGCCCGCUUUGGCCCCACCACGGGGCUCCAUGUCACCGCCCUUUGCCCAGCCCCGUGUUAAUGAUUCACCCACCCCAGCAGCCUCCUGGCGUGGUGGCAGUGCCAGCAGAGCCGGGGGUCCUUGGGUGGCUCAGGAGGGCGGCCUGCGCUGGCCUGCCCUGCACCCCACCCCUUUUCCCCAGCAUCCAGAUAAGAGUGGCUGCGGGCAGCACCCAUUGCCCAGCGCGGCGUGGGCAGAGAGCGGCCGGACCAUGCCUGUGGCCACCACGAACCUCCGCGCCCUGACUUCCUGGGUGGGCAUCGCCCGGCUCUCUGCCGUUGUGCUGUCCUGCCUCACCUUCAGCCUGGUGGCCUCCACUGGGCUCUUUGGGGGUCCAUACGGGACGUGGUGCAUGUUCACGUGGUGCUUCUGCUUCACCGUGACGCUGCUGGUGCUGCUUCUAGAGCUGCUGGAGCUCUACCCCCUGCUGCCUCUCUCCUGGGAUGACUUCACCUCGGCUUUCUCCAUGCUGGCAGCUCUGAUGGUCUUCACGUCCUCGGUGGUCUACCCUGCCACCUUCAUCAGCAGCCCCUGCAGCAGCAACCCGUGUGCCCGGCAGGCCGUGGCCACCACCGCCUCCUGCCUCUGCUUCCUCGCCUAUGCCAUCGAGGUGUCGCUGACCCGCGCCAAGCCAGGGGACAUCAGCAGCUUCCUCUCCACUGUGCCUGGGCUCCUCAAGGUCUUUGAAGCCUACGUGGCUUGCCUGAUCUUCUCCUUGCUGGAUGCAUACAGUGGGAAACCUGGGCUGAUGUGGUGCGUGGCUGUCUACUCCAUCUGCUUCAUUUUCACUCUCCUCAUCAUCAUCUUCACCGUCGGCCGCUGCCUCACCUACAUUCCCUGCCCGCUGGAGAAGAUGCUGGUGGGGUACAACUUCCUGGCCCUGCUGAUGUACCUCACUGCCACCAUCCUCUGGCCUCUCUACAGUUUCCAGGGACAGAGCCGCCCCAAUCCCUGCGGCCCAAACUGCUGGUGGAACAAGCAUCUGGGGGUCACCUUCCUCACCAUCUUCAACCUCAUCGCCUACUUGGUGGACCUGAUCUACUCCACCAGGAUGGUCUUUUUCAGGGCACCUCCCUAA